UGCACAGGUACACGAAGAAAAAAAUCUUGCUUGACGUGUAACUUGGAUUUAAGUAUAAGUGUAUACUUAAUGUUAGCGAUACAAUAAAUAUGUAAAACGCACUUUGUCGUCAGAAGUAUUACGAUCAUUAUUUGGUUAAUCCUUCUCUACUGAGACACAUUGAUACCAGACAUAACCAAAACCAUCCUAUAAUGGCAUUUCCACAAGGUCGAAAUGUAGACAGAUGGGCCUACGAAGAUCACUUCUCAGGAGCUGAUUCAAGAGAGGUGACAGUCCAUCGAGUUGUCAAUAUUGUGGAAAAGAGGAACCCCAUGCCUCGGCAAAAUAUGGAAUAUGCCAGAGAUGACCAGUGGUACGGCGGUACUCGAAAUUACCAGGAUGCGAGAGAAGAUCUCGGCGAAGGCAGUUACCCGACUACUGACCGUCAAUAUUUCGAUGAACACUCAGACUUUAGCAAUUUUCGCAGGAAUACCUCACCCCCACGAAAUGAAGGCUCGUACUCCCCACAGCCGUACGGCAGAGAUGAUUUGAGGCAUCAGUUAGGGUCAAGGAACAGUAGAAGAGGCGAUCCCUAUUUCAGCAGCAGAGGUCAAGGGUCAGGCCCUCCUCUAAGAGAAGACCACGAUGUCUACAGGAGCACUCCACAGAAAGUAAUCAAACGGGAACGCUCUCCUGGAAGGAGGGAAGCCCAUCCAGCUGCACCUGUCCGCUCUGGAUCCAACACCAGCAACAGGAGCUUCUCCCCCGACAGGGAGCGAAGCUUAACCUACCAGCAGGCCCAGAAAAAGCAUAAGGUCAGCGUGAGCCACACUCCCAGCAGCUCGGUGGAGGGGUCUCCUCUCAGCUCCGGGUCUUCAAAGGAAAAAACUCCUGCAUCUGUAGCGGAGACGGAAGAGGUGGUGGCUGCCAGCAUGGAGCCAAAGCUGACACCAGACGAAGACUUCAAGGCUCGCCGGUCGGAGGCCAUUAAGACUAAGGCUCUGGAAAUUGAGAAGCAUUACAGGCAGGACUGUGAGACAUUUCGCACAGUGGUGAAGAUGUUGGUGGCCAAGGAACCCAGUUUGGAUAAUCUGCUGCAGGCUCCACUGGACGAUAACCUGCUGGAGAUCAAACAGCGCUGCUUAGAUGCCCUCAGGCACUUUGUGAAGGAGCUGGACGAGGUAUUAAAGCAGCCACAGACCCCAGCGUAAGCCACUGGUCACAAAACACUGACAUGUGUUUUUUUUAUAUUUCAUUUUUAAUCAAAUUAUAGUAACAGUGAUUUAUGUAAAACUGUAAAAUAUUAUAAUGUGAAGACCAUUUCAGUUUAAAUGGAUAUAAAUAAUGGCUUGGUUUUAUUCUUGAAUCCUUCUGAUGGAUGAAAUUGUGAAACUUUCCGAUCACAUUGUCUUCUCAGUCGUUAGUGAUAUGAAGUUAAUUGUACUUCCAGUAUCUGCCUUUCUUGUAAAUGAGGUAACCAUGAAGUAUUCUCAAACCAGUAUCUAAGGUUCAAACUCUAUUGGUGUUUUUCUUUUAUAUAAAAAAGAAACAAACAUCUUGUGAAUAUUAUCUUUUAGAUAUUUUUAGUCAAACAUUUGUAAAUAAAAGCUGAGGCUUUGAAUUAAA